AUGAUAAUAGCAUUAUUUGGGAUACUAGAUCCAUCACAUUUAACAAGACGUGAAGUUCGUGUUUCAUGGCGUUGUUCAAUUGUUAAUUGGCUAAUUGGUAUUCAACGUAAAAAUAAUAUGAAAGUUGAAGUAACUCAACAUGCUGUUCGAUUAAUCGAUGGUAUUGAUACAUUACAAGGUCAUAACGAACGAACAUAUCAAUUAAGAUCAAUGGCUUUUUUUAUUCUUGCUGCUAAAUUUCAUAAUCGUAGUCGUAUUAGAAUGGAAGAAUUUUCACGUUACUCAGCAAAUGCAUUUGAACCACGUGAAAUUAGUGAUUGUGUGCGUACAGUCUAUCAUGAAUUAAAUUUUGAAGUUCAGCUACCUCUGGCAUUUGAUUUUCUCGAAUUAUAUCUUGAAUUAAAUUCUAAUGAAACUUUUCAAUUAAAUAUUUCCAAGAUUCGUGCAUUAGCAAAUUUAUUUAUUCAUGUUGCUUGUAUACAAUCAUGGUCAAGUUGUUUUAAUGCAUCAUUAUUAGCUAGUUCUGUUCUUAUACUUUGUUUAAAAUUUUUACAUGAGAAAAAUCCUAUUUCACAAUUAUGUUCAAUUAUUUGUUUAUUUGAUCAUUCACUUGAACUUAUUCUUGGUCUUGCUGGUUAUAUUGCAUUAAUUAUUAGUGAUAUGCCAGAUAUACCAACAGAUCGAUCAAAUUAUUAUUUUUAUGCACAUAAAAUGUAUAAUGAUGAAUUUCGUCAUAAGAUUGAUGAUAAUUUUAAAUUUGAUCGUGUUAAAAAAUUUUGUCGAAUAUUUGUUCAAAUAUCUGAUAUUAAUCGACAAAUUUCAUAUGGAAUGCAUAAUCUUGUACUUAAUCAAUUACAUAUUUUUGAAAAAACAUAUCAACAUAAUUAUAAUCCAUUAUUAUGUAUAAAUAAUAAUGAAAAUCGAUCAAGUAAUAUUAAUGAAAAAUAUCGAUCAAUACAAUUUAUAAUACGAGUUGUAUUAGCAGCAAAACGUUUUUCAAAACGUAUUUUAGAAAGACAAAGAAUAAUUCAACAAUUAAAAACAACAUCAUUAAUUUGA